UUGAACAGCCACAUUAUAAAGCAGCAGCUAAUAGCUCCGGAAUACUCAAUGCAUCUUCUCACCUUUGAGUGUCACCUUGCAGCAGCCCUUGGUUUACAGACAUGGGAUCCAAGUUGCUCUGCGUCUUCCUCGCCUCUGUCCUCCUUGCUUAUUACAUCUACAUCCCCCUGCCUGAGGACUUUUCGGAGCCCUGGAAAGUGAUGCUCAUCUCAGCCACCCUGAAGACCUUUGGGCAUUUGGCUGGGGCUGCUGAACAACUAGGUCUGAUGCACUAUAUGGAAGCUCUGAAUCUGCUCUCCUGCUUCGAUUGUGUUGCACCUACGUCCGAUGAAAACGUCACUGUGACAGACACAGAGUUCAACAAUGUUGCUGUCCGACUCUACCUGCCCAGAAAGGUGCCUGAUGGGCUGAGAAGGGCAGUGGUCUUCUUUCACGGUGGAGGAUGGUGCUUAGGAGAUGCAGCCGCGAAAAACUACGAUCUUCUGACAAGGUGGACUUCAGACAGGUUAAAUGCUGUCGUGGUGUCAGUCAAUUACAGAUUGGCACCUAAAUACAGUUUUCCCAUUCCGUUCGAAGAUGCGUAUUCGGUAACGAAAUUCUUUCUCCAGAGCAGUGUCCUCUCCCAGUAUGGGGUGGACCCAGAUCGGGUCUGUGUUGCAGGAGACAGUGCAGGUGGCAACUUAGCUGCAGCCGUGGCACAACAGCUGUUACAGGACUCGGAAGUCAAAACUAAGCUCAAAGCCCAAGCUUUGAUUUACCCUGCUCUUCAAACCCUUGACCUGAACUUGCCAUCUUACCGAGACAAUGCAAACAAGCCCCUUUUGCCCAGGAGUUUUAUGGUCAGGUUUUGGAGUGUAUAUUUCACUUUGGAUCCAUCUCUCAGAGAAGCGAUGGCCUCCAACAGGCAUGUCCCAGUUGAAGCGAGCCACUUAUUUCAGUUUGUAAACUGGAGCAAUUUGCUGCCUGAAGAGCUGAAGAAAGAUCAUGUUUACACCACUCCCACCUAUGGAAGCUCCGAGCUUGCGCAGAAGUACCCGGGGUUUCUGGAUUUGAGGGCAGCCCCGCUGCUGGCGAGCGAUGCCCAGCUACGGGAGCUGCCCCUCACCUACAUCCUCACGUGUGAGCAUGACGUCUUGCGGGACGAUGGAUUCAUGUACGCUGCGCGCCUCCGGGCAGCCGGUGUUCCUGUCACCCAUGAUCACGCCAAGGACACCUUUCAUGGGGCGAUGUCAUUUAUCUCCCCUCCAGCUGACCUAGUUGCAGGGCACAGGCUGGUGAACGGAUAUAUUGAGUGGUUAAAUGAAAAUCUAUGAGUUGAAAAUGUUGUUGUUCAGUGGGUGUGAUUGAGGAUUGUACGAGAAUAGGAGCUAUGUGAAUGUUUGGGAUGAUUCCUCUCUUUGUUGUGUUGCCCUGUAGGGCCUAGAUUACAGCGAUUCUCAUCUUCUCUGGCACGAAAAUCCACCCAGUUCUAACCUAAGUGUUCUUUCAGUGCUGCUGUCUAAGCUCAAAUCCCCAUAAACUGCUGGGACUGCCCUGGGAUUUCUCUCCUGGCCAAGACCAGAAGGACUGGUGUGCCCAACCCUGCCCGUGUGCUGCCUGGG